GAGUACUAUUCCCUUCUACCCUCCAUUACUCUCACCCGUUCGGUUCUCAACUUCGCUCCUCUUCAUCUAUGUCUCUCUCCAUCCAUCCAUCCAUCUUUUAUCCUUCAUUACUCUCACCCAUCUUUGCUGCUAUCCAUCCGCUUUGUCUCUCCAUCACAACCCCCAUCUCCACAUGUACAUGGAAACAAACCCUAGUCCUAUGAAGGAAUCUCCACUGAUCUUAGUUUCCGAUGCGAACCACCUUUCACAUGAACCACCUUUCACAUGAAAAUCCCAUUGCAGAUCUGGAGAAACAAAGUUGUUCGAUUUUCGAUAUGCUUUCAAAUUCGGCCUCAUAUCAGAUAUCGCAUGCAACGUCUGAGGCCCAUCUCCCCCUACGUAUUCAUUUGGGUGACUCCAAUGAAUCUGAAAUCGAUCCAAAUUGGUUUUCGAGGAAGAAAUAUGGCGACAACGUUGUCUCAGACACUUAUGAUGGGAUGGAAGGCAUGGAGGGCGGCGAGGAGGUGUGUUUGACAACAACGGGGAAACGAGGCUACUAGACAUGGCUACCGACAAGGGAUGCUUCACACGGCGUGGAGGAAAAAGAGGAAGAUCAUGGCUGACGAAUCUGUUAAGGGGAGUAACGUGUAAUUUUUUUUGUGUCCUUGAUUUUGUUUUAGUUUGAAGUGCAUGACAUGUAUGUGGGUUUUUACUUGCCGUGAAACUGAUGAUGAAAUGGGGUUUGAGUUCAACGAAAAUGCGUGAAUACUUCCUUGAUGUGUGUUAUCUGAACCGAUGCAACCCAG